CAAUUCCAAACUUUUGAAAAAAAUUAUUAAAACAAUACAUGAUAAAUAAAUGGAUCCCUACAGAGAGAAAAAAAGAGUAGACAGUUGGGUUAUAAUGAGUACACAUGAGGCUUUUUUCACCACCAAUUCAGCAAACUUCUUGCCCAUUUGAUUGUAAAAAAGUGUGAGUACACCUUAAAUUGCACAUUCUUAUGUCAAAAAGCCAAAAGAUUUCAGGCACCUGCUCAUUAUUUCUGAAUUCUUUACAGCUCAGGAAUGAAUUUUAGUACUUACUUAUCAGCAAGAGGUUCCUAAAAACUAGGAAAGUAUUUAAGAGUGAAUUUGGCUCAUAAGUUGAGUGUCCCAUUCACAUCAGUGGAGAUGAUCUUGCAGGCUUGAUGAAAGUCAGAGAGGAGUUACAGACAAAUGAGUGAUUGAGGACGGAGACAGACAUAAAUCAUUCUCAGGGGAAAGACCUUCACUGUAGUCAAGACCUUUUCUAUCUAUGAACAGGUUGUGAGAGUGUUGAUCUGUAUAUUUUUGCCACUUCGACUGGAGAAGAUGGUAAGUGCGUCUCAAAACUACAGUCCCAUUUGAAAUCAAAUACAAUGCAGAUGAAGGCACUACCUGUAUUGUAUCUGUGUGAACAGUGUCCAUGCUUCCUAUGCAGUCACCCGCCUUUAUGCAACUUGUUUAUGAGUCUCAUUUGCCUCUAUAUAGGUUUCUUUGUGUGCAUCUGUCUUGCAGCUGAGUCCUGCUGUUUUCCACUGAUACCAAGCUGAUGUUGUCCAGUAUUGUUUUAUUGUCUCCCUCCAACAGAAAGCAUGUGCCCAUUUGUCUUCAUCCAGCUUUCUUUCUGUGCAUCCUCUCCAGAAUGUCAAAGCAUCACAGGCUUAUACUUUUCACCCACUCUUCAUUUCAGCCUGUAACUACAGUCAUAAUGAGGAAAAACAUCAGGGAUAUACAGUAGUGGUGGGUAAAUCCCCCUUUAUUCUCACAUUUUUGGAGCCUAGUGGUCGGAAUAAGUAGUUUUGUCUAAAUGAUGAAAGCAUGUGGAAAUGUAAGUGCGAUUUGCAUUGCAUUAAAUUAGUGUAUCUUUGACAAUGUCUAUAGGAUAUACUUGCCAUAUGAAUUAAUGUUUGAUAUUCUCCUCAGGACUCAGUGUUUCCACUCCCAUAGAGGGCGAGCUUUCAGUCACACACGUGAUUUAGCAGGAUGAGGAAAAGGGGGGUUUAACAGGCAAAUAAUUUGAGCUCUCUAUGACUCUCUAUGACUGUCACCAUGUCUAAACUUGGAUUAUUUCCUAGGAAAAUAAACAUUUGCCUGCCUGGAGCCAAAUACACCAUUUCCAAAUAAAGGCGAUAAAAUGGAGUGGCUAAUGGCGCAAUUAUUAAAAUGACUCAGUUUCAGUAGGAAAUUACCCUAUUUAGGACUAAUUCUGUUUAUAAACCCGACCUUUGACACAUGCCUGACAUUGAGCAAACUGUUAAUCCGCGAUUUGGGAACCUGCUUGUGACUCAUUCAGUAUCCCGCGUCCGUCCUGUCCCUCCGCCAGGAGGACUGCAGGGACCACUUCAUUCUCAGAAUCGGCCGUAUGGAGACCAAGUUCAGCGUCUGGCACACAGCUCGAUGCCCUGGACCGGAUCCUAAAAUAAUUCAGAGCAACAGACACUACCUCUGCCCCUGCGGGGACAUAAAACAUGUCAGGGUGUCUCAGUCGGUGCCCACAAACUCAAACUGGGAACUCUCUCGACGUGUUCAGGCUGAAGGCUCUCCGCUGAGCGCACACUCCUCCAGCUUCCGUGAACAUGCCUUCGGAUCUGCCUCAAACUAAAGCCCUCUAUAUCGGGAUGGAGGUGGUCAUCGCCCUGUCGUCGGUCAUAGGUAACGUGAUGGUGGUCUGGGCUGUGCGUAUUAACCGGGCUCUGAGAGACACCACGUUUUGUUUCAUCGUCUCCCUGGCCUUGGCUGACAUUGCGGUCGGAGCUCUUGUCAUCCCCCUCGCCAUAACCAUCAGCAUCGGAGUCAAGACGCACUUUUACAGCUGCUUGCUGGUCGCCUGCACAGUGCUCGUCCUCACGCAAAGUUCAAUCCUGGCGCUGCUGGCCAUCGCCAUCGACCGCUAUCUAAGAGUCAAAAUACCCAUGAGCUACAAGCGGGUGGUGACCCCUCGGCGAGCUGGCACGGCCGUGUUAUUGUGUUGGCUGGUGUCAAUCAUAGUGGGCCUCACACCCAUGUUGGGCUGGAAUAAUCUGCAGCGUCUCCGUGACAAUGGCUCCCUGAUCACUGAUGACCUCUUGGUGACGUGUCAGUUUGAGACAGUCAUCAGCAUGGACUACAUGGUAUAUUUCAACUUCUUUGGCUGGGUGCUGCCCCCACUACUCCUCAUGCUGGCCAUCUAUGUCGAGAUUUUCUACAUGAUCCACAAGCAGCUCAACAAGAAGGUGAGGACUUCCUCUACUUGUGUGACAGCUAGUCACACCGACCCCAGCCGUUACUUUGGCAAGGAGCUCAAGCUAGCCAAGUCGCUCGCCCUUGUUCUUUUCCUCUUCGCAGUCAGCUGGCUCCCGCUUCACAUCCUCAACUGCAUCACCCUGUUUUGCCCUGCCUGUGAUAAGCCAGUGUUCCUCAUGUACAUCGCCAUCAUCCUCACCCACGGCAACUCGGCCGUCAACCCCAUCGUUUAUGCUUUCCGCAUCAAGAAGUUCCGCACAGCAUUCCGGAAAAUCUGGAAACUGUAUGUGCUUUGUCAGGAUCCAGUCGGUCGGCUUCCUCAAAGAGGGAGCCAGAGAGGACAGAGUCAUGAGAGGAGGCUGAGGCAGAAUGAUGAUGAUGAUGAUGUGUGACCUUUGGCAACUAAUUGGAUUGCUGUGUAACUGUUAAGUUUCACUCCACUGGUUCACAGAAUGGAAAAGACUGGCUUUAUUUUCAUGCUUGAGGGAUUACUGGUCAAAACGAUCUUAAUGGCAUUGAAGGAUGCCAGAGGGAUGAAAGAAAUGAGGGACCUCCAUCGUGGACUGACUGAUUUCCUCUAUCCAACACACUCUAAGACCACAGGAUGACAAAUCAGCAUGGAGACAGGAUAAACAUCCUAAAUCAGACUUUGAUUUGAUUAAGACUGAUUGUUUAUUUCUCCACUGUCUGACAAAAUGAUGAUGAUGUCGUAUGGGAUAAGGAGCUUGUCAUCAGUUUCAACACCGACCUGUUGAACUUGAAUCAGUAAGGAUAUAUCUGGAGCACAUGCAGUACAAUAGUAAUGUAUGCUGUAUUGUAUUUUUGAUCUGAACUAAAACUUAUAGCCCUCUUCAUGUGAAUAAUGUCAAAUAGUUAAGCAUCGUAUUAUGUGCAACAUUUACAUGCUUAGUUCUGUGGCCUUAAGGACAGAAUAUGUAAUGAAGAGGAACUAAGGCAUUGUGUUAAUAGUGUGAAUCUGGUAAACCAGGAGUGGGCAAGCAGGAAGUUUGCGCAACCAGCUUGGGACUUUGAGAUGGACUAGGACACAGGAUGUACUGUAUGCUGGCUGCAUGGAUGAAAAAAAUGUAAAAUUGGCUCACUAGGAAUUAGAACCCAGCGUCUUUGGUGCAAUGAACCUCUGGUUUACCAACUAUGCUAAAGUUAUUAGACUCAUGGCCUUUACAGUUGUGUGGUACAAUCCAGCGCAUGUGAAGGUUACAUGUUUUUUUUACAUUUCUGAGACCAUCUGAUUGACAGAAUGAUUAAUAUUAGCCAAUAGUUGUAGCGGAAAACAGCAUACAUGCUUGAAGACAAAUAACAUAAUGCUCUUCAUUAAAUAUAUGUGAACAUGCACAUAUUGGUAGCUCCAGGUAAAAACCAUGGAGCUACCAAUAAUUAACUAUAUAACUGUAGCUACAUCUGUUUUUUAAAUGGAGGACUGUGAAUCUAAAGAAUGUUGGAGCUCCUCCAUCCAAUAAACUUCAUUUUACCUGGAUGAUAAUCAUUUUAACCCUAUUAUGUACCUCUACUGUACAUGUAUCACCAGGCCCUUUCCCAGAUUCUUUGUGAUGAAGUAGGUAAUGUAGCAUCAUCAUAUCUUCACUGUCAUUAUUUUGUUACAGGGCUGACUUAUACUAACCAGUGUUGCCCUUUAAAAUGAGUGUCAUUUGACAUGACAGAUACAUGUUGAGAUGAGACUGCUGACACUUAAUAAUAAUAUGUACUGUAUGUAACUAAUAUAUGUGUAAAUGUUAAUGAAAUAUACUGUAUAAAAUUCUCCUUGUUGAGCAAACAGCUGUUUAUCUCUGACACGUCCUCUUACAGCUGUUGAUUGAGUGAACAGAUUGGGAAAUCCACCCUCCAAGCUUCUCUUUUUUUGACAUAGAUAAAUGGAAACAGGAGAGUAAGCAAAAAAUGUAACAGCAUAUGGUAAACCCUGAUUUAAAUUCAUAAUGCUGUAUGUGCAUUAGCAGGCGGAAGCAUCAAAAUGCACUCUAAGCUGUACGACAGAAAUAGAGUCUCACAUUCUCCCCAUGCUUCUCUGCGUCAAGGCUAAAGCCAUCAGUGGUGGGAGGCCAUUUUUUGUGUGCACACAUCGAUCUUCUGUCACUCGGCAGAAAGCGGGCUCAUGUGCGUAUAAGCGAGGAGGUUAUGACGGUGUAGGAGUCCAGGGGUGAGGUGGGACAGGGUAAGGGGGAUUAUUCUGUUUACAAGGGAACCAGAAGGAGAGUGCAGCUGAGGAACUCAUCAAGAGUUUACAUCUCUGCCAAGGUCAACAUCAAGGCCACCCUGAAACUUUCCCAUCCAAUAAACAGGCCUGUUAAUAUGA